GGAGAGCCGAGGAGGGCGCGCAAGUUUCGCACGGGCCGGUAGCAAUUGUGUGAACGAAAGGGAACCGAGCGAGGCUGGAUGUGACGAGAAAGAAGCACGCCUGGCGUUCCGAAAGUCAUGCUUAUUGAAAGGAGACCGCGGCGAAGCUGACUUGCCUCCCAUCCUUAUUCUGUCUCUCACACGCCUAGUACGGCUUUUUAUUGCCCACUCAGUAAUUGGAGAGGCGCUGCAUGCUGGGACCAAUGAGGCAACCCGUGCUGCAAGGCUUGCUGGGAAUUGUAGUUUUAGCAGGCCAGGAACUCCCGUCGAUAAGCUAUUAGAGCGCGCCGCUCCGGAGGGCUCCUCUCGUUUUUCCCUCGGUCCCCCGCCCCCCCGUAUAGAGUGACAGCCGUUUUGGCCAAUUGGGAUCUGCGUUUCUGCGCUGCUCCGUUCUAAGGCAUUCCAAGCUAGGAUUCGCGCUCCCGCGAGAAUCAGAGAGAGGGGCCUAAGAAGAGGGUACAUUGGAUAAGUAACCGAGAAGUGCUUAAGAGUGAGAUGGAAGAUGAGGAGUUACAGGAUUGAGGAUGAAUGAAAUGCACAAGAAACAGUAAAGAGAGUUGUGGUUUUGCUUUGGACGAACUGUGCUUAUACAGAUGGUUGGCUAGACUUGGGCAUUGAAUCGUACAAACUGAGCACACCUUAGAAUAUACUCAGUGCUCUUCAGGAUUUGUGCUUUUAAGAAAAAAAGAUCAGUUAUGGUCGGAAUGAAAGGCUUAUAUUGGCAGCAGAAUUCAUCUGGAGAAGAGACCACUUUUGUUUUCCUGGAAAAGGAUAACCUUCCUGUCACAAGAGACAACUAUGUGAAAGUGCAAGUGAAAGCCUGUGCUCUAAGUUGGAUCAAUGAUAAGUCCGGCCCCCACAAGGUCUGAGCUUUUGUCAGAAAUCAAGAUCAAGAAGGAGUUUCUACCUGUUGGGAGGGAAAUUGCUGGUGUUGUGUUGGAGACUGGAAAUAAAGUGACCUUCUUUCAACCAAAUGAUGAGGUAGUCGGAAUUUUACCACUGGAUUCAGAAGAGUCUGGUUUGUGCGAAGUUGUUCUCGUUCAUGAACAUUAUUUAGCUCAUAAGCCAGAAAAGGUCUCCUGGCUUGAAGCAGCAGGCACCAUUCGUGAUGGUCUUCGUGCAUAUACAGCUCUACAUUACCUCUCCUACGCCACUCCAGGAAAAACUGUUCUGGUGAUGGAUGGAGCAAGUCCAUUUGGUACAAUCGCUAUUCAGCUAGCACAACACAGAGGAGCUAAAGUAAUUUCUACUAUAUAUAGUCUUGAAGACAAGCAGUAUCUUGAGAGGCUUACGCCAUCUGUGGGUGUCAAGCAACCAUUAGUAGCUCGUAUUAUAGAUGAAACCAAUGGAACAUGUGACCUGACAGAAAGCUGUUUGGAGGAGACAGGCGGAUUAGGAGUGGAUAUCAUCCUUGACGCAGGAGUGAGAUUAUACAGUAAAGAAAAUGAAGUAACUUCACAACAAUUGCUGCCGCACAAACAUGACAUUAUUUCAUUGCUCAGUGUUGGAGGCCACUGGGUUACCAUGGAAGAAAAUCUCCAGUUGGAUCCUCCAGAUAGUCGUUGCCUUUUCCUCAAAGGUGCUACAGUCUCUUUCCUGAAUGAUGAGGUGUGGAAUUUGUCAAAUAUGCAACAAGGGAAAUACUUAUGCAUUCUAGAAGAUGUAAUGGAGAAGCUAUCCAGUGGUGUUUUCAGGCCUCAUUUGGAUGAUCCCAUCCCAUUAUAUGAAGCCAAAGUUUCUAUGGAAAUGGUUCAGAAGAACGAAGCAAGAAAAAGACAAGUUAUCCAGCUCUGAAGCACAGAUGCUUAGCUUUUAAGUGAAGUGUAAAUUUGUGGACUUUGUCUCAAUUGCCUACUUAUAAAGGAUUGGUCAAUGAGUUUCAACUAAUGUUUUAAUUACUGUUUGAAUAUUCUUUACAAGUUCUGGGGGAGAAAUUAGAGCUUUGAUUUUUUUUCCCCAUUACCAUGUCUAAAAGAGUAUUUCUGUUAGCAAUUGAAAGUUUACUCAUAUUUGUGGUCCUCCAACAUGCCGUCCAUCCGUUCUGCACCCCCCCAUCACUCCUGUGCUUAGCAGACAACACUUUCCUUUUGUCUGUUCAGUUUUAUGCAUUUUGCUGUGCUUUGUUUUACUUGGACCAUCUAUACACUAUGGGGGUGGAAAGGUGUCCCUGGAAAACACUUGUAACAUUGGCAAGAUUCUGAAUGUGCUUUCUCAAUCUGACCUUAUUUUUAUGGUGGCUUCGCUAUGUUUUUUAUUUAGCCUUUCCAUCUAGAAAACACAGGAUCUAUCAGCACCUAUAGAUGACAUGCAUUGCCAAGGGUCUUUUUAUACAAGCAGCAUUCUGUGGAAUAAGUGUACAUUUGUUAGGCAUUUGCUUUGCACAGUCCACAUUUCUGUCUUUAAGACAGCACUGCAGUGGGUAGGAUACUGCAUUUACUAAGUACCUAAGUGCAAUAUUUGCACCUGGAGAAAAUGCAGUAUAUGCUUUCAUACAGCACAUACUCUGUUAUUACAAUUCCUUGAUGAAGUGUUGUUUUUGUGACUGUCACAAGUACUUAACUGGGUAUAUUCUGUGAUGUAAUUAGUAAUCUAUACUCAUGUAAAUUUAUGAUUUACCAUUGUUAAAUUUCAAAUUGUACAUGGCAGAAUAGACCUUAGUCACAGUCAUUAAUUUCAGUGGGUCUACUCUGAGUAAAAGCCAGCUAUUCUGAUUUUUUCCCUUUUAUAAAUUUAGCCUUGUGUUAUAUAUAGUUCAUGCAUAUAGCCCAGUCCACAAAAGAGGGAUGGAGAGGCAAACAGGGCUAUUCCCAUCACCUGCCACACCAUAGUGGGAUAUGUCUUGCUGCUGUGGGAUAGUGGUCACACUUUGGCUCCUCAUCUAAGACCUUCCUCUGUUCUUCUCCUCAAUAUUGUCUAAUUUGUCCCUUCUCUGCUAAUAAAAGGUGGUUGCAUUCUCA